CGGCGUUUUCAGUUUUUCGCCCCGCCCAGCCCUCGUCUGUCAAUCCCUACCGCUUUCCCGGCAGACCUUGCGGUUGGUGGAGCGUGGAGAGCGCGCAGGGCGUGUUACCCAGCAGGCCCCGCGGCAUCGCUCGGGCCUUUCCACGCCGUGGUCCCCGCCGUGGUGGCCGUUAAACGGUCUCAGAGCGGAGCUAUCGGUUGUCUGCGGCCGUAGUGAGCUUUGCUUCGUUUCCUGAAGAUGGAGGGUCCUUUGUCCGUGUUCGGGGACCGCAGCACUGGGGAGGCGGUCCGCUCCCAGAAUGUUAUGGCUGCAGCUUCUAUUGCCAACAUUGUUAAAAGUUCUUUUGGGCCAGUUGGCUUGGAUAAAAUGUUGGUGGAUGAUAUUGGUGAUGUAACCAUUACUAACGAUGGUGCCACCAUCCUGAAGUUACUGGAGGUAGAACAUCCCGCAGCCAAAGUUCUGUGUGAGCUGGCUGACCUGCAAGACAAAGAAGUUGGAGAUGGAACUACCUCAGUGGUAAUCAUUGCAGCGGAGCUUCUGAAAAAUGCAGAUGAGCUAGUCAAACAGAAAAUUCAUCCAACAUCAGUUAUUAGUGGCUAUCGUCUUGCCUGCAAGGAAGCGGUGCGUUAUAUCAAUGAGAACCUGAUUAUUAACACAGACGAACUUGGAAGAGACUGUCUGAUCAAUGCUGCUAAGACAUCCAUGUCAUCCAAAAUUAUUGGAAUAAAUGGUGAUUACUUUGCUAAUAUGGUAGUAGAUGCUGUGCUUGCUGUUAAAUACACAGAUGCCAGAGGCCAGCCUCGCUAUCCAGUCAAUUCUGUUAAUAUUCUGAAAGCCCAUGGGAGAAGUCAGAUAGAAAGCAUGCUGAUCAAUGGCUAUGCGCUCAAUUGUGUGGUUGGAUCUCAGGGCAUGCCCAAGAGAAUAGUUAAUGCAAAAAUUGCUUGUCUUGACUUCAGCCUGCAGAAAACAAAAAUGAAGCUUGGUGUACAGGUGGUUAUUACAGACCCUGAGAAAUUGGACCAAAUUAGACAGAGAGAAUCGGAUAUCACCAAGGAGAGAAUUCAGAAGAUCCUGGCAACUGGUGCCAAUGUUAUUCUAACCACUGGUGGCAUUGAUGAUAUGUAUCUCAAGUAUUUUGUGGAAGCUGGUGCCAUGGCUGUUAGGAGAGUUUUAAAACGAGACCUGAAGCAUGUUGCAAAAGCUUCUGGAGCAAGUAUCCUGUCUACGCUGGCCAAUUUGGAAGGCGAAGAAACUUUUGAAGUGACGAUGUUGGGACAAGCGGAAGAGGUCGUACAGGAGAGAAUUUGUGAUGAUGAGCUGAUCUUAAUCAAAAAUACUAAGGCUCGUACAUCUGCUUCAAUCAUCUUACGAGGAGCAAAUGAUUUCAUGUGUGAUGAAAUGGAGCGCUCUUUACAUGAUGCUCUUUGUGUGGUGAAGAGAGUUUUGGAGUUGAAAUCUGUGGUCCCAGGUGGAGGUGCUGUAGAAGCUGCCCUGUCCAUAUACCUGGAAAACUAUGCAACAAGCAUGGGAUCUCGGGAACAGCUUGCUAUUGCAGAGUUUGCAAGAUCUCUGCUUGUGAUUCCUAAUACACUGGCAGUGAAUGCUGCCCAGGACUCCACCGACCUGGUUGCCAAGUUAAGAGCUUUUCACAAUGAGGCUCAAGUGAACCCGGAACGUAAAAAUCUAAAGUGGAUUGGUCUUGAUUUGGUCCAUGGGAAACCACGAGACAACAAGCAAGCAGGGGUGUUUGAACCAACCAUAGUUAAAGUGAAGAGCCUGAAGUUCGCAACAGAGGCUGCAAUCACCAUCCUUCGGAUUGAUGAUCUGAUAAAAUUACACCCAGAAAGCAAAGACGAUAAACACGGAAGUUAUGAAAAUGCUGUUCACUCUGGAGCCCUUGAUGACUGAUUGGAUUUCCCUCUUAUUUAUAACAGUGUCAGGUGCAAUGCCGUAGCCUUGGGUGUCUCACAUUAAAGUACAGCAAGCUGACCACCUGGGUUCCUGUCCUCAGUUUGGUCCUCUGGUUUCCCUUUCUGCUUAGUGUUGCACUGAUUUAACAAGAACUGUCCAAGGUGGUGGCUGUCAUGCAGUUCACCCUCUCUGAACACACAUUGCGACUCCCAUCCCACCCCCAAUGCACAGGGCUGCAACACCACGGGUCCCGCCCACUCUCUCCAGGGUGUGCAGCAAGGUCACUAGAAUCCUGCAGCCAGAUGCUCCCAGAGGAUGGCCCAAGGCAAUGGCUCCUCCAUUGAUGUUGACCUAUAGAGAAGAAGAGCCUAAGUCAGUCCUCUGUGAACUGACUGUUUUAUAUGUCUCCCCGCAGUGUUAUGCUAGCAAACCAUCCUUUCAAACUCAACUUUCACUGUAAACCUUAGGAAUAAAUAGGCCUAUGUGACACCUCCUGGGUUUCUCUGUGUGGCUCUGGCCUUCGUGGAACUCACUCUGUAGACCAGGCUGGCCUCUAACUCAGAAAUAAAUCUGCCUGCCUUUGCCUCU